AUGUCAUCUCCUCAACCUCCUCCAAGCGGCGUCUGGGCACCCGCAAUCACCUUUUUUGACCAGGAAACAGACACAUUGGAGACAGAUGCUCAAGCGGCAUACUACUCGUAUCUAUCAAAGACUGGCCUUGCUGGCCUAGUCGUCCUCGGCACUAAUGCCGAAACGUUUCUGUUAACACAAGAAGAGCGAAAGACAUUGCUUCAAACAGCUCGCAGAGCAUGUGGACCAUCAUUCCCCAUCAUGGCAGGGGUUGGUGGACACUCAACGAAGCAGGUUUUGGAGUACAUCAACGAUGCAGCCGAAGCCGGAGCCAACUACGUCCUCCUUCUUCCUCCUGCUUACUUCGGCAAGCAGACAACGCCAGAAGUAAUCAAUAACUUCUUCGACGAUGUCGCCAAGAACAGUCAACUCCCAAUCGUCAUUUACAACUUUCCCGUUGUCUGCAACGGCAUCGACUUAGACUCCUCAACCAUUGCCGCUCUGGCAAAGAAGCAUAGCAACAUUGUUGGUGUCAAGUUGACAUGCGGAGCCGUUGCCAAGAUCACACGUCUUGCUGCUGAACUACCAGAGGAGCGCUUCUCGAUUUAUGGGGGGCAGUCUGAUUUCUUGAUAGGAGGACUUGCUGCUGGUUCCCACGGCACCAUUGCUGGCUUUGCCAACGUCGUCCCCAAGACAAUUGUGCACAUCUACAACCUCUACCAAGAGGGCAAGUUCCAAGAGGCCAUGGCCCUACACAAAAAGGCAGCGCUGGCCGAGCAACCCUGUAAGGCUGGAAUUGCAUCCGUCAAGUACGCAGCGACACUCAGCACGGCAAAGGCUGCGGGGAUUAAGGGUGCUGCAGACAAGCUUAAGCCCAGACGGCCUUACGUAGAGCCUACGGAUGCUGCUAAGAGGGACAUCGAAGCGCAGAUUUCAGAGAUGCUGAGCUUCGAGGCUACUCUUAAGUCACCGGCAGAGAAGAAGCAAACAAAUGGGGUGGUGAAUGGGACGAAACUCAAGGCCAUGAAUGGAACGCAGAAUGGCGUAGAGGUACACUAA